AUGCCCAAGCGGCCCAAGUCGCGCUCUUUCUUCACGGCCCUGCCCGUGGAGAUCAAGAGACAACUGCGCUCCCAGCCAGCACGAGUCGACAGUCCGCCAGAGCCCGAGGUCGUCCGGCAACAAGCCUCGCGUGAGCCCAACCCAGCCGACCUCCUCCCAACUCAACCACCGCGCCCCGAUGAUGCUGGCGACGACCCCGGGCCAAGCGAUCAAGUAACUCGGCCAACAGAAGAAAGCAGCGAUAUGGACAUGACCAAGUCGAGUGAUGUAGAGGCCGCACCAGUGUCCAAGACCGCUGUAGAGCUCGCGCCAGUGCCCUCGAGCUCCACUACUCCAACUGUCACGUCCAGCGCGGCUGCGUCGAGCUCCAACUCUGCGCCUUCAAGGUCUGCACUGGGGUCAUCCUCUAUCGUCCGCGCUGUCAAGCGAUCAAGCGAGUGGGAAGGAGGACGCCCCUCGGCCAAGCGCCAGAAGGGCAAGGGCAAGGCAAAGGAACCUGCGUCGGAGGAGGCCGAGAACCUCUACGAGGGCCAUCCGUGGGAUUGCACAGGACUCGUACCGCGCUAUACCGAUGCGUCCGAGGUGCCAAAGCAUCUGAAGAAAUACUUCUUCCAGCGCCAUGCCCUCUUCCCAGCGUACUCUCGCCUCCCACUCCUCAUGGACGACACGGGAUGGUUCAGCGUCACUCCAGCCAGUAUCGCGGACCACAUUGCCGAACGUUGUCGAUCCGACGUUGUGCUGGACGCAUUCUGCGGCGUCGGUGGCAACGCAAUCGCAUUUGCACGUACCUGCGAACGCGUGAUUGCCAUGGACGUCGACCCCGUCAGGCUCCAACUCGCCAGGCAUAACGCGCUGCAUUAUGGUGUGGCGGACCGUAUCGAGUUUAUCCUGUGCGACUACGUUCAGUGGGCUCGGGAGUAUGCGCAGCGAGGAAAAGGAGAGAGAGAAGAGAUUGAUGUCGUCUUCCUCAGUCCGCCAUGGGGCGGGCCAGAGUAUCUGUCCAUGGGCGCGAGCCACUCUGGCGAGCACCCUUCAUACCCACUGAGCGCCAUCCUUCCCAUCCCAGGCGACGAGCUGUUUAAGCUCACACACGUCGUCUCGCCCAAUAUUGCCUACUUUCUGCCGCGCAACGUCGACAUUGAGGAAGUAUCUGCUCUGGCGACUUCCUUGGGCGAUGGCAACGGUGUCCACGAUACGCUCGACGGGAGCGAGAGGCAACAUGAGUGGGUGGAGAUGGAGGAGGAAUGGGUUGGCGACAAGCUCAAGGCUGUCACGGCGUACUAUGGCAGUCUUGUGGAGGGUGUGUAA